UUUAACUACAUUGAUCAGAUAAGGUACAAAGGCAGGAAACUCUUUUCUUCCUCUUCUUUCCUUGAACCUUAAAACACAAUGCUCUCUGCAACAGUAAACACCCACAUACCCAUCUCUCUAUCAAAUCCAAAUAAACCCUUUUCUUCUUCUUUCAUAACUCCUCUCUUCACUUACGUUUCACCUUCUUCUCAGAAAACCCAACUAAAACCCAUAUCAGCUGCACUAAUCCCAUCCACUCCACCUCCUUCAAAUCAACAACUUUACCAACCCUUUAGACCACCUCCUUCUCCAAUCCCUUCUCAAUUCAGUUCUCUUGACACCGCUGGUCGCCUCGAAGUCCUCGCCAACCGCCUUGGCUUAUGGUACGAAUACGCCCCUCUAAUCCCUUCUCUUAUUCAAGAAGGAUUUUCCCCACCUUCCAUUGAGGAGUCCACCGGAAUUUCUGGGGUCGAGCAGAACCGUCUAGUGGUUGCUGCUAAGGUGCGUGAAUCUUUAACUCAAUCCCAAACUGCAGCGGAAAUCGUUUCUGAAUUUGAUACAGGAGGUGCUGAACUACUCUAUGAAAUUCGUCUACUUAGUGCUCCACAGCGCGCUGCUGCUGCUCGUUUUAUCGUUGAGAAUAGGUUGGAUGCUAAGGGCGCAGAGGACCUUGCCCGUGCUAUGAAGGAUUUCCCUCGGAGGCGUGGGGACAAGGGAUGGGAAAGCUUUGAUUAUACUCUCCCCGGUGAUUGUUUGUCUUUUAUGUAUUAUAGGCAAUCUAGAGAGCAUAAGACCCCAUCAGAGCCAAGAACUAAUGCUUUAGAAAGGGCAUUGGAUGUUGCCGAGUCUGAAAAGGCGAAAAAUGAAGUUUUGAAGGAAUUGGAAGGGGAUAGUGAAGGGAAAGAAGAGAAGGAAGGAGAAGUGGGAGAUGCUACCCGAGUACCGGUUGUUAGACUGAGAAUUGGUGAGGUUGCAGAGGCUACUAGUGUGGUGGUUUUACCUGUUUGUAGAGCAUUGCAGAAGGAGAAAGAGAUUUUGGAAGCGCCAUGGGAGUGUAAGAGUGAGGGUGAGUUUGGUGUGGUGGUAGCUGAGAAAGGGUGGGAAAGGUGGGUGGUACUUCCAGGAUGGGAACCUGUAGUGGGAUUAGAGAAAGGGGGAGUAGUGGUGGCAUUUCCUGAUGCGAGGGCAUUGCCUUGGAAGGUGAAUAGAUGGUAUAAGGAAGAGGCGAUUCUGGUGGUGGCUGAUAGGGGAAGCAAGGAAGUUAAUGCUAAUGAUGGGUUUUAUUUAGUGGCUGUUGAUGGCAGUGGCGACGGCCGUAGUGGUGGAUUGGAGGUGGAGAGGGGUUCAAUAUUGAAGGAAAGAGGUGUAGAGGAGAGUCUAGGGACUGUAGUAUUGGUGGUUAGGCCACCAAAAGAACAAACUGAUCAGUUGAGUGAUGAAAAUUGGGAGUGAGAAGGGGCAGUCUGUCAUAUGGAGGUUAGAACUAGCCUUGAAGAUUUUAAAUAAAGGAAGAAACUUGAACCGCAGAAUCACGAGGCUACAUUUCAAUACCAAGUAGCAGGAUUUUGCUUUCCAUUUUGUUGCCGAAACUAGUAUAUGCUGUUGGCUACUCUACCAAAAAUGCUGAGGUAAAUGUCAACAAAUUUUUUUGUAGUAAAUGUAAGUUUGUGAUUUACUGGAAGGAUUCACCAGCCUUUUACAUUUCUUUGUUAUGAUGUGCAUUUCUUUGUUGUGAUGGGCAUAUACAUGAGAUGCUUCAAUUCUAUCGUAAUAUUUCGAAAGGAAAAGAAAUGUUUGAACUA